AGGGGGUGUGUAGCAGUGGUACUUUAUGCCUGGGUAUUUGGGGAGGAGCCUAAGGUAAGGAGGCAGAAACUGGGAGUAACCAAACUGCUGCUUUUAUAUAAGGCCGUUGGUAGGUAAAAGAAGGGGCCUUUACCUCUGCUGGUGAUCAGGAGGCUGCAUUUCUAAGUUCUUCUUGUUAACUCCCGUUCCUUAGAUUCGAAAGAAGCCAGCUCUGAACGAGAGAGUGACAGCGAGAAGGCCCUUUUCUCAAGGAGUCGCCGCUGAACGAACUCAUCAUGGUGGACACAGAGAUGCCGUUCUGGCCCACCAACUUUGGGAUCAGCUCCGUGGACCUCUCCAUGAUGGACGACCACCCCCACGCCUUUGACGUCAAGCCCUUCACCACCGUUGACUUCUCCAGCAUUUCCAGUCCACACUACGAAGACAUCCCAUUCACAAGGGCAGACCCGAUGGUUGCUGAUUAUAAGUAUGACCUGAAACUCCAAGAUUACCAAAGCGCAAUCAAAAUGGAGCCUGCGUCCCCACCUUACUAUUCUGAAAAGACCCAGCUCUACAACAAGCCCCAUGAAGAGCCUUCUAACUCCCUCAUGGCAAUCGAAUGCCGUGUCUGCGGGGAUAAAGCGUCUGGGUUCCACUAUGGAGUUCAUGCUUGUGAAGGAUGCAAGGGUUUCUUCCGGAGGACAAUCAGAUUGAAGCUUAUUUAUGAUAGGUGUGAUCUGAACUGUCGGAUCCAUAAAAAAAGUAGAAAUAAAUGUCAGUACUGUCGGUUUCAGAAAUGCCUUGCAGUGGGGAUGUCUCAUAACGCCAUCAGGUUUGGGCGGAUGCCACAGGCGGAGAAGGAGAAGCUGCUGGCGGAGAUCUCCAGUGAUAUCGACCAGCUGAACCCAGAGUCCGCUGACCUCCGGGCCCUGGCAAAACAUUUGUAUGACUCAUACAUAAAGUCCUUCCCGCUGACCAAAGCAAAGGCGAGGGCCAUCUUGACAGGAAAGACAACAGACAAAUCACCGUUUGUUAUCUAUGACAUGAAUUCCUUGAUGAUGGGCGAAGAUAAAAUCAAGUUCAAACACAUCACCCCCGUGCAGGAGCAGAGCAAAGAGGUGGCCAUCCGCAUCUUCCAGGGGUGCCAGUUUCGCUCCGUGGAAGCAGUGCAGGAGAUCACAGAGUACGCCAAGAGCAUUCCCGGUUUCGUAAACCUUGACUUGAACGACCAAGUAACUCUCCUCAAGUACGGUGUCCAUGAGAUCAUUUACACAAUGCUGGCCUCCCUGAUGAAUAAAGAUGGGGUUCUCAUAUCAGAGGGCCAAGGAUUCAUGACGAGGGAGUUUCUAAAGAGCCUGCGAAAGCCCUUUGGUGACUUUAUGGAGCCCAAGUUUGAGUUUGCUGUGAAGUUCAAUGCACUGGAAUUAGAUGACAGUGACUUGGCAAUAUUUAUAGCUGUCAUUAUUCUCAGUGGAGACCGGCCCGGUUUGCUGAAUGUGAAGCCCAUCGAGGACAUCCAGGACAACCUGCUGCAAGCCCUGGAGCUCCAGCUCAAGCUGAACCACCCUGAGUCCUCUCAGCUCUUUGCCAAGCUGCUCCAGAAAAUGACAGACCUCAGACAGAUCGUCACGGAGCACGUGCAGCUCCUGCAGGUGAUAAAGAAGACGGAGACGGACAUGAGUCUGCACCCCCUCCUGCAGGAGAUCUACAAGGACUUGUACUAGCGGGGUCCUGAUCCACUGACGGCGUUUCCCUUCUUCCAAUUGCACUAUUACUUUGAGGGAAAAAUCUAACACCUAAGAAAUUUACUGUGAAAAAGCAUUUUAAAAAGAAAAGGUUUUAGAAUAUGAUCUAUUUUAUGCAUAUUGUUUAUAAAGUACAUGUACAAUUUACUUUUAAUAUUAAAAAUUACUGUAUUAUGAAAUUGCUG